AACUUCUGCUGUCAGCCCAGCAUAUUGGAGGUCUCAACGCACGAUUGUCCAACCCCUGGAUAAACCCACACCUCUUUCCGCCUUCAAUAUCUCCACGGGCUUGACAAGCCACCCUCGAGGUUUACCCUCCCCCUUCAUUCCACGUUCCAGCUCUCUCGUGUUUCAUCCAACUGAAAUGCUGUACGGUCUGGGUGGACCUGAUGGUACUGUGCGGAUCAUGGGUUGCAAAAUUGGUAUGGCCUGACCUACACGUCUCUAUUCGAUAUACCUUCUGUUAUCUUGGUUCGCACGAAUUAUCUGCUGUAACUUUGCUAUCACGUACAAUUUAUUGGACCAUAAAGGUUCUUUUCUCA